AUGGACAAAUGGUCUCUAAAACCAACCGACCACAACACCAUCCGCACGCGCAACAACCAGCGCCGACACCGAGCCCGUGUCAAGUCCCGGCUUGAGGAUCUAGAGAAGCGGCUGGAGGAGGCCGACGCGAGACUGGAGGCUGCUUUAUCGACCAUCUCGGUCCUGACGGCCGAGCUUGAGGACCUACGCGCUCGCGGAACUCAGACGCUACACCGGCAGUCUCUAUUCCCUCGUUGCGCCGGGCCGUCGCCCCCUGUUCCUGCGACUGCACCGGUGGUGAUACCAGACACCCACUACGAAAAGGACCCUCAGAAAGUCUCAGAUCCUUCCGAGCCAUCAGUAUUACAGCAUAACGUCCCAGUUACAUCUAUUUCAUCAGACCCUGCCGGCCAGGCAACCGCCAGAACUGUCACCCCAACGCCAGACGAGAUCAUUGACGAUGACGACGGCUCGAACUGCAACUGCCAGACCCUGCCGCCCUCUGGCCCCGGUGAGUCCACGAUAGCCUGCACUUCGGCCUUCCAGAUCGUCGAGCAGCAGAACCUCAGCGGUGCUGUGGAGGUGGCCAUGGUCAGGGCGUGGCUCGGGCCUGGGUUUCGAAGGGCGUUGCGGCCUGGGGAGGCGUGUCGGGUCGAGACGAAUCGACUCUUUGAGCUCCUUGAUCAUAUUACAUCCUCGUCAUAA